CGUUGCUAGCCAUCUUAGGAUACACCGUGCACUCUUUUUCUUACACGACAAAGUAAGGCAGCCAUGCGUCAAAAAAAUAGUUCUACAUCAUAGAACAACACAUUCAAAUAUUUACAUGCAGUAUGCUCGUCUAAAUAUACAUUUUGUCAACGCUGAUGACGUCAUAGAGAACGCAUACAAGAAGCGUCUACUGCUUAAUACAUUACUUCUCAUUGAGACUUCACUAGCUUUAUUUCUUCCAGGCACCGGUUGCGAUUUUUUGUGUGGAUAAAAAUCAAUAUUAAAAAUGUCAACUGUCACUCGUACCAUUCCCAAGCCGACCGACUCAAGAGUUUCCAAACGGGAGCGUGAAUAUGACUAUUUGUAUGAGCCUGUAUACUUCGUUUCUUCCGAGAUCGACCAUGUCAGGACCAGUUUUAAGACAUUCAAGCCGCCAAUUAGAAAAUUGCCCGGGUUUGAAAACAUGUUCAACAAUGAGAAGGUCACCUUUCGUCUGGACCCCUCCUUUGAGCCAUCGCCACAUUCUAUGGACCGUCGCUGGCGUGGCAACGCAGAACAACGACAGCAGGCCCUCCAGCAACUGGCUGGAUUUAUUCCUACUAUUCAGCCAAUGAUGAAAAAAAGAGAAACGUUUCAACCAAGUGGACCUGAUCGCUGGAAAUAUUUUAAAAGCUCACUUCCAUUUGUGCAACUGACUCCCUUGGAUGUGAAUCGAGAUAGUUAUCAAGAGGAGUUAGAAGCAGCUGGCAGACAGGCUGAGGAAUCUCCCACCCACUUGAAUGUGGCAGUGCAGACAGACUACAGGGAGAGCGAAGCACAGACAGACCCGUACACCCCGGAUUAUUUGCUACGUGCCGGGACCACCCCUCCGGAGCUGCUGGCGCUGGCUUCUUUCACCUGGGAGCGAGGCCUGCCUGCGAGUAUUGAAGAAGUGGAAAUGAUCGAGCGGGCGCGAGCCAGACGGGUGUGGGAAGCUCGACUUCCUACAUUCAAUGACCCGAAUCUUCUGCGUAAACGGAGGCGGAUGAUGGAGGAAAUGGAAGCAAAAGAGUGGGCCUUCAGAGAAGGAAAAAUACAGAAGCUGCAGGACGCUCGUCUGACCAUACUGGCGGAAAUGCUGCAGCAUAAAGACGAACCCCAGUUGACCUUGACCAAAGAUCGACUCAACAAUAUCUACUCCAAGCUGCUCAAGGAGAAGGAAAGCAAGCUCCACAAAGUGGACAAGCAGCACAUGAGAUCAAUGAGGAAGCUGGAGACAAAGCGGAGGAACAUGGAGGAGAACAUCAAACAGCUCGGUACUUGUAAAGACUACACGGUGUACUCAUCGCUGACGUGUGCCUCACGAGUAUGCGGCAACAACUUCAAAAAAACUGCAAAUCACGAACGCCUAGAGACAUACGAAGGCUUGCUGAAUCGAAUGAAUAGACCCAGUGAGGCGCUUCUCAAGCUGCACAAGAAACAAUCCAAACCCAAACUCAACACGAGCAAACCCCCUGAUAGCAAAAGCAGCAUUCUGAUGGACAAAUACAAGAACCUCAGAGAGGAGAUGGCCAAAUAUCUCAUCAAGAAGGAAAAGCCUGCUCCUCGUCCUGUCACCCCCACCGUGGAGGAACCUCCGGAGGGGGAGGAGGAGAAGGAGCUGGCAGUCAUCCAUUUGCAGAAACUCCUGAGGGGAAGAAGCAUCCAAACGGAGAUAUUCACCAGCAAAGAAAACCACUUGGACCUCAUCAAGGAGCUGAGGACGGCACAUGCCCUGCGAGCAGAGGAGCAGCAGAUGCAGAAGGCUGACAAAGAGAUGGUCAUGGCUCUCAAAGAAGAGAGAGAGAAACUGCAACUUGAGAAGUCACGCGAGGAGGCUCAUCACGCUGCCGCCGUAGGUGGCCAGCUGGAGUACGUGUUCGAUACUCUGUCCAAGGAGCUGAUCCGUCUGCAGGAGGAGCGCCGCAUCCACGCUUUCACACUGCUGGCCGAGCGGGAGCGACUGCGGCGAGAGGCGGAGGAGAGCGGCCGGAGGCAGGCGGAGGAACGCCGCCGCAGGGAGGACGACCAGAUCUUCAGAGAGGUGGUGAAGGUCCACCAAGAGACAGUGGACUUGUACUUUGAGGACAUCAUCCUUGACACCAUGGAGAUCACGGCAGACCAGCAGGCCCGAGAGGAGAUCCGCCGGGUGGCCAAGGAGGUCAACAACAUCGCCUACGCCAUCGAGGAGAGCCGCAACAAUCUUCAGUCAGAGGAGAUCGUGUCCGAGUUGGUCUACGGCUUCCUCAUUCCUGAGAUGGAGAAGAUCACAGUCAGGCAGAGAGUGCACGAGAGACAGCGCAGACACCUGUUGGCCGUGCGCAGCAUCGUGGAGGGCAACGCCAUGCCGCAGAUCGUGGCCAGCACCAUGGGCACCCCGCAGGUGACCCGCCCCUCUGACGUGGCCGCCCAACAGGUCCUGGUCGACAUGCUUGUCGACACGCCGGGUCCGGAUGACACACCGGGACCGGACGACACACCGGGACCGGAUGACACGGCAGACCUGGACGACACACCGGGCCCGGAUGAUACGGCAGACCUGGACGACACACCGGGCCCGGAUGAUACGGCAGACCUGGACGACACACCGGGCCCGGAUGAUACGGCAGACCUGGACGGCACACCGGGCCUGGAUGACGCACCAGGAUCGGACGACACACUGGGCCCGGAUGACACGGCAGACCUGGACGACACACCGGGCCCGGAUGAUACGGCAGACCUGGACGGCACACCGGGCCUGGAUGACGCACCAGGACCGGACGACACACCGGGCCCGGAUGACACGGCAGACCUGGACGAAACAGCGGACCCAGACAACACACCGGGACCGGACGACACCCCGGCCCCAGACGACACGUCAGCCAUAGACGACACACCAGCCACAGACGACACGCUGGCGCCGGCCGACACUCCGGUCCAGGACGACAUUUCAGCCCCGGAUCACAGCAGUGCUGAAUAAUCAUGUAAUUGUAAAGUCACAUCAAAAGUAAAGUCAAACAUUUUACCCACAAAUCAUACAAUACUCCCCAAAUGCUUUCAGGAUGAACAUUAUAAACUUACUAAUCCAAGUAUGAUGCAAUGUAUUUAGCUUUAGUUGCCUAACUUUACUUUAACUGUAACCAAAUCAAGAAAAUGAGCUGUGGAAAAAAAAAAAA